AUGGCGGUGAUUGAGAAGCUGAAGAUGUUCGUUGUGCAAGAACCUGUGGUUGCAGCUUCUUGCCUUAUCGCUGGUGUCGAUUUUGGCGAUAAUAUAGCAGGAUUGAGAAUACUAAACUGUAAUAGCCACAUACUUAUCCCCAGAAGGGGUCUUCAUGGCGAUAAUAUAGCAGGAUUGGGAAGUGGUUGUUGGUAUGACUGCCAGACCACCAGUUUUGCUUGUGUUAAUCUGAAUGCUAGUAUGAAGAAUUUCAGUAUGUUUAUUUGUACCUUGGUGCAGAUUACUGCUGAAUCGAGUCAAAAUCAAGCUAUGGACACUGGCAUCGGAGUCUAUCACAGAAAAACUUCAAGAGGACUGCCCAAAGUGAAGCCGGGUGGUGGUUGA